AUGGAUAGUGCUGAACAAGAAAUUAUAGUAUCAGAAAUGGAACCCAAAGUUUUUAAGGUUAGCAUGCUACAUUUUAUCUACAGAGAUGCCUUAGUUGAAGAUGACCUGAUAGCAUCCAGCUGUUGUUCAUCUCCUUUGAUUAGUGACACAUUGACUGUGACGUUACUUGCAGCAGCUGAUCGCAUGCUACAUUUUAUCUACAGAGAUGCCUUAGUUGAAGAUUACCUGAUAGCAUCCAGCUGUUGUUCAUCUCCUUUGAUUAGUCACACAUUGACUGCGAAGUUACUUGCAGCAGCUGAUCGUUAUGAUUUUGAAUGA